AUGGGCAAAUCUAAGAUUCCGGUUGAGGCACCAGCUACUUCUAUCAGUUCCAUCUUUGGGACUGUUUCUCAAAAGGUGGAUGAAUCCAUUGAUGCAUUGUUCAAGUCGAGCGCCGGGCCGGUGCAAAGAACUCUUCAACCAAGAACCGUUUCGUCGUCCAGGCGCUCCGCCACAGCGAAGAAAGAAACCGAAGCCGAAGCCGAAGCCGAAGCUGAAGCCGAGUCAGAGCAGCCAAGAAAGAAGAGAAGUAAAAAGGCUAGAGAUGAGGAAGAUGACUUGGAAGGCGCGUAUCUCACCAAGCUUAUGAAGGAUGACACCGCAGAAGAAUCCAAGGAAGAGGUUGAGGAAAACUCUGAUUCAGACUCUGAAUCCGAAACUGAGACCAAGACCAAAAAGACUAGAGCUGCCAAGAUCGUAGACUUGAAGGAAACCGAAUUGACAAAGGCGGAAGCCACCGUAUUUGUGGGUAACGUCUCCUCCACCGUCAUCACCAACAAGGCCACCUACAAACUCUUUAAGGCAAAGUUUGCGGAGUUUGGUGCCGUCAAGUCCAUCAGAUUCAGAUCCAUUUCCUUCGAGGACGCGCUUCCAAGAAAGGUUGCGUUUGUCCAGCAGAAGUUCCACUCCACCAGAGAUACCGUCAAUGCGUAUGUUGUGUACGAAAAGAAAGAGUUUUCAAUCAAGGCUGUGGCGUUGAACGGGACGGUUUUCCAGGAAAACCAUUUGAGGGUCGACCACGUGGCUCACCCAGCGUCCCAGGACAACAAGAGAUCCAUCUUUGUGGGCAACUUGGACUUUGAGGAGAAAGAAGAGAGCUUGUGGAGAUACUUUGAAGAGGUUUCUGAGGUUGAAUACGUCCGUAUCGUGCGUGAUUCCAAGACCAACGUCGGUAAGGGCUUUGCUUACGUGCAGUUCAAGGAUUCCUUGGGGGUCAACAAGUCAUUGCUCUUGAACGAAAAGCCGUUAAAGACCAGCGAAAAGAAAAGAAAAUUGAGAAUUUCUCGCUGCAUGAACAUCAGACCGUCCUCCCAGACGCCUCAGAGAAACAGCAACGGUGCGCGGUUGAACGAGCAGCAAAAAACCAAAUUGGGGAGAGCCAAGAAGAUCUUGGGGAAGGCUGAUAAGGCCCAGGUCGGUAAGCUCGUCCACGAAGGUAUGAGAGCCACCAAAGGUGAUAGAGUCUCCGGGAUCAAGAACGGGUUGGGCAAGGUCAAGAAACCGAGACACAAGAAACCAAGAAUCAGAGACAGAUCCUCCAAGUUCAAGGACGAGCGCAACCAGAUGCAAAAGGAGUUGUCUGAGAAGAAAUAA